AUGUUUCGCGGAGUUUUGGCUACAACCGGGCGGCAGCGACGUGUCGAGCGCCGUUUAGCCACCGUCGUCAAUUCCACAGGCAGAAGAGCUACAAAACAAUGGACGCACCGGGUUUGCAUGAACGAAUUUUUAAAACAACAGGCGGCAACGACGAGAAGAGAAGAAAAAUGGAAGCGGCGACACGGUUCCUCUGCUUUGGGUAUUCAAAGCCCACUUACCGCAGCAGAUGUUAAGGCGCUUCAUCAGCAGCAGAGUGAAGCGCUUGCAAAUGAAACCGCUUACGGCCGUACGGUACCAUCGACUUCAAACGAAUGGAAUGAACGCUCGCAUUUGUCCCGUGCGCAACAUUGCGGUUACGAUACCGUGGAUGCUCAUAGUGGACAAAGUAUUGCUCAGCAACGGUUUGAUUCUCUUGCACGAGAUGCCGUUUUAAAAUAUGGACCUCCGCUUCCGGUAGAAUUUGUAGCGGAAAAUGAUGUCAUCACCAUUCAAAACACCGUGUCGAGGAGUGGUGUCGGCGAUUCCUCCUCGUUGAGAGACUCCGAGCGCGAUGCAAAUCAUUUCUACGAUGAGGUUCAGGUGCGACCGCAGGAGCUCUUCCAAAUGAUACGUAAACUUGAUUCAUCUUUCAGUGUUCAUACGCAUGCUGACGGGGUUCCUUUCUCCCUUCUAAUUAAGAACUGCUCAUAUUUUAAUGUUAGGGGUGGGCGAGUGCAUUUCAUGCGGUGCCUUCGUCGAGUGAAAUUAUCCCAAAACACUCGAGGGGAUGUUAAUACGGAGGGCUCUGAUGAACCCGCUGAAGUUAUCGUAGUGUUAUCAAGAUAUAAAAUGCGUGAGGCACCGUCAUUUGAUGGAGUUCGGCAGGGGCCACAGCCGUGGUUAUAUAGUUACAAAAUGGUGUAA